AUGGACGACAUCGAGGACAUGAUUAACGAGGAGGAGCUGGAUCGCGCGGUCUUGAGCUCCGUGCGCACACCGAUGGUGGCACCAAAACCGCACUUUCAGGAAAUAUCUAAAGUGUCCAUGGAUAACAGUAUCAACAGCAUCAACACGGCAGACGGUGACUCGGAAAGCAUGAAGCUUCAUGUUCCUGGUACGCAGCUUAUCUGGAUGAAGACGUAUGGCUGCUCGCACAACGUAAGCGAUUCUGAAUACAUGCAGGGCGUACUGGCAAGUUAUGGAUACCGCUUUACAGAGUCUCCAGACAUAGCGCAGCUUUGGCUGCUUAACAGCUGUACAGUCAAGGACCCAUCCCAGGCUGCCUUUAUGCACUUGGUCAUUAAGGGUCGUAAGCAAAACAAAGCCGUCGUUGUCGCUGGAUGCGUGCCACAAGCUGAUCGCCAUUUGAAAGGCCUCGAGGGGGUCAGCAUUGUUGGCAUUCAGCAGGUCGAUCGGGUUGUGGAGGUCGUUGAGGAGACUCUCAAAGGCCACGUUGUUCGUCUUUUGUCCAAGAAUCGCCUUCCUGAGUUGGAUUUGCCGAAAAUUCGGAAGAAUCCCAUGGUAGAAAUUAUUCCACUCAGCACAGGCUGUCUUGGAGCUUGCACUUAUUGUAAGACGCGUCAUGCACGAGGUAAAUUGGGAAGCUAUACGCCUGAAGUUAUUGUUUCGAGAGCGCAAUCGGUGAUAAAUGAGGGUGUGACUGAAAUAUGGUUAUCCAGCGAGGAUACUGGAGCUUAUGGCAUUGACAUUGACACCGAUCUACCAGCACUUUUGCACAAAUUACUGCAGGUUUUGCCAGAUGGCGUUAUGCUUCGUGUAGGCAUGACAAACCCUCCAUACAUCUUGAAUCACUUGGAUGCAAUUGCUGAAGUGCUUAAUCACGAUCGAGUCUAUUCGUUCCUCCACGUUCCCGUUCAGUCCGGUAGUGACGAUGUGUUGCAGGCGAUGAAUCGGGAGUAUACAGUUGCUGAGUUUUGUCGUGUUGCGGACGAAUUACUCGCCAAAGUGCCAGAUCUUACGCUUGCAACUGACAUUAUAUGUGGCUUUCCAACAGAAUUGGAGAAACAUUUUGACGAGACGAUGAAGCUUGUCGAAAAGUAUCGUUUUCACAUUAUGAACAUUUCUCAGUUCUACCCUCGCCCAGGUACACCGGCAGCAAAAAUGAAAAGAAUUCCUACGCAAGUAGUGAAGACUCGCAGUCGCAAGUUGACAAAGCUGUUCGAGGGAUUUGAUCCUUAUCAUCAUUUGGUGGGUACGAACGAUAAAGUUUGGAUUAAUACAGAAGUCUCAGACGACAAAAAGUACACGGUUGCACAUACCAAAAAUUAUACCAAAGUACUCCUUCCCCGUGACGACUCCCUCAUAGGUUGCACGGCGGAGGUGCACGUCAUCACCGCCGCGCGUUUCCACGUAGUCGGGAAGGUGAUAUCACAAUCUCAGCCCGUAACUGCAGCGGCCGCAGCUGUUCGCGAGCAUAUUUGUAAUAGCCAAAAAGAUCUGUCCGUAAAGAGAUUAAGUUUGAUGUCCGACGCAACCGCGGCGGGUGACAUGACUGACGGUUAUAAUCGUGCACAUAAAGGAAAUGACAACUGUUGUGGUAAUGAAGAAUCCUGUGAAGGGAGCAAAGUAGGUUGCUCAUUCGGUGGUGAAGAUUCAUUCGAGACGUGCGGCUCUAAUUCGAAUGAAAAGAGAGCUGUGGCCAAAGAGCUGUUUCGAAAAAACAAGGAUGAAAACGUGUCGGUAUCAACAAUUACGAACAUGGUGGCUAAGUGGAGCAACUUGAAUACUGACAAAGUGACACUAGCGGCACUUGCUACCCUCGUAGUGUCAACGUCUUUUGUAGCAGCACGUCUAAUUACGCGCAAGUGA